UGUCCCAUCAGCUUCCUGCAGAGGGCUAAUAGUGCUGAGUGUAUUCUGUGCAGCGCAGAGCAAAGUGGACAUUUGUCUGUUCCUCAUCUCCUAUCACAUCAGUUGAAUCACAGACUUCCUUUCCAUCUGUCUGACUGUCUCUCUCUCCCUCUGUCUUUAUAACCAGUAAGUCCUUUCACGAGGAACAAAAUCUGGAUAUCUGUGACUACUUCAUUCAGCCUUACCCUGUGCCUCUCCGCCCAGCUGUGAUACCACUCUGCCUCUUGCAGGGAGCUUAUUCUAAGCCGACACCACUGGACACAGGCUAAAAAGUGCCCUAGAAACGGGAAGAAGAGAUUCAGCAAGAUGAAAGCAUUACAGUUAAUGCUUUUUGUUCUCUGCCUCACCAUGGGACACACAAAUCCAGUGAAUUAUCUGAAUUGUGCACCAAUGGAUAUAAAAAACAUCACAGUGAUAUCAGACAGCACCAUCCGGGGCUGCGUGAGUCAGGGGUCUAAAAAGCAGGUCUAUGUGCUAAAUAUCCAGACAGAUAUGUAUGUGGAUCUGAAAGUAAGAAGACCGCAGGAUUCCCAAAUAAAAGAUGGAGACUGGGUUCUGAUUAUAAACACCAACACGUUUUUUGUUAAUCUAAGUGUCAGUGGAUCUAAACUUCCACUAGUUCUUCAUUAUCCAAAGAACACUCAUGUAAACAAGAUGCCAUCAGAACUGCAUUACAAUGAGACUAAAGAAUCUCUGAUGGGUAAAAGUACAGAGCUUUUACAAUGGGCUCAGACCAAAUAUGGGGAAGUCACAUUUUUCGGAGAACUAAAUAAUCCAGGGAAAGUUUAUCUAAACAUGGGGACAGCUUUCGGUGACGGGGCUAAUCCCUGUGUCUUGCAGGAUGGUUUCAGAUCUAAGGGAAUUCUAGAGUAUGAGCUUCGAGAAUCAGAAAUUCAAGGCUGUGAAUUUAAAAACUCCAGCUCCGCUGUUAAAAAAAAAGCCUACAUUAUGCAUGUGACCCACCCUUUUACUUCUCAGCCAAGCUAUGCCAUUGAGGAUUCUAGGUCUAAACACAUAAUAGUGAACUUAGCAGCUAAUGUUGUUGAAUGUGAGCAAAAUCCCUUUCUGAUGCUUAAAAGUGAAGAAGGCUUCCAGUGGGAUGUCAGAUCUACCAUUGGCUUUGGCAUUGUGGCAUCUGGCACUUAUACAGUCCAUAACGUUGAUAGAUCCUUGCCAGGGAUAUCACUUCCUGAUACUAAGGAGGAUCUGAUCCAGGAAGCAAAAAAUAAAGGCGCCGAUACUAUAGUGUAUCUACAAAUUCCAAAUGCUGUUGCUAUCACCCAGUCUUUCCAGUGUGAACCUACAAAGAUGAGCACAACCACUCCUGUUCCGACUGCAAAACAUUGUUUCGAGUUACUGAAAUACAGUGAGCAAAUGGUCAGAUGCACGGAUAAAUACCUGAUGGUACAGCUGAAUGAGAGAAUACAAAAGGCUUGUUUUUCUUGGCCUGUUAUCACAUUGAAAGACUCUGACUGCCAACUUGAAAAGAUAGGAGAGCCCGAUUUAUAUGUCGCAUCAUUGGAGAAAUGCAAAAUGAAAAAACACGGUCAAUUCUUAUUGACCGAGGUGAUUCAGACAUUAGAUAAAUUCUCAACGGAUCCGCAAGUAAUCAGUUGUUCCGUUAUUCCUGUCCAAAUGUUGGUGUCACGCAGUCUUGAUUUCUCCCAGAAUACCAGCAAGUUACAGAUUGGUGAAGAUAUCCAUGUGAAGGUUAUCACGCAUUUUUUGCUUGAUGAGUGUUUUUUGGAAGUGGAUGAAAAAAAACAGAUUGUCAAAGAGAACGUUUUGGUUGAAAAAAACCUUACCUGGAACUUCAGCACGGAGCUUCAUUCUACACGUGGCGGAAGGCUGACCUGCAUCUUCUGUGUAAACAACAAACGGGGUUGCAAGUAUUAUGAGCAACUGCGUAGCUCUUUGGACGUGACCAUUGACGGACCAAUAGAUCAGAAUCCAGGUCUCGGCAUGCCGUCUGUACUGGGAAUAACCUUUGGGGUCUUUGUGAUCGGAGCGCUUCUUACAGCUGCCUUGUGGUACAUGUACACCCGCACACGUUUGUCCUUUAAGAUGCAGCCAGUCUCUACAGCAGCUGGAGGUUCUGAAAGCAGCAGCACCAACCACAGCAUUGAUAGUACACAGAGUACUCCAUGUUCGACCAGCAGCAGAGCAUAACAUAGAAGGAGACAUCUUAAACCCACCUCCACCCAUGCUUCAAUUGAGAAGAUCCUUAGAUCAAAGGAAGAGUGAUUGUAUAGACAGGUGUUCCGACCAAACAAGACCCAACACAGAUCUCUACUGUGAACAGACCAAAACAGACUAUUCCCCCCAUUCCUACAUUGGGCCUUGUAAAGGCAGUAAUGAUGGAAUACUUGCAGGGAAAGGGAAGCAGAAGAGAUGGUUGUAGGCAAAUGUUUUCAGAGACAAGGAAGAAGCCCACACUCCAGCCUAAGCACUGCGACAAGCUUUUCAGUGCCAUGGAAGAACAACAACAAAUUCUGGGUCUUGAUCAUUUGCACUUGCUUUAGUGUUUGCAGCCUACAGUAGCCAUUCAUGAGACCAAAACCCAGUGAAGGUUUUCCCACUGGCUAAUAAUUUAAGGAUUUGGAAAACUAAAAGCAUUACUUGCCACUUGUUCACAUUAUUGUAUUCUAAUCAUGGGUUACUUUUGAACCCAUGAAUCACUUCUGUUUCUUUCAUUUGUAAAUGUAUUUGGGAUAUGCAUAUCCUUAAACAUGCUAUUAUUCUGCUCUACUUUC